AUGGGAGCAUCAGAAGCUAGGGCAGUGUUCUUGAAAGUUAUUAAUUGUGAAGGUGAGCACAAAGACAAGUUUUUUAUUUCCAACUUAGUUAGUCAAGCAAUUGAAGAAGUUGGACAUCAGAAUGUCAUUCAAGUCAUUACAGAUAAUGCUUCCGUGUGUAGUGCAACUGGUUUACUCAUUGAAAGUAAGUACCCGAAUAUCUUUUGGACACCAUGUGUAGUUCACACACUAAAUCUUGCUCUAAAGAAUAUUUGUGCUCCAAAGGAAACAAGGGGUACUGCUUUUGCUUAUGGUGAAUAUCACUGGAUCACACUUUGUGUUGAUGAUGCGAUGUUUAUCAAAAACUUCAUCAUGAACCAUUCCAUGCAGCUAGUUGUUUUCAAUAAAUUCAUACCCUUGAAGUUGCUUGUUGUUGUGGACACACGUUUUGCAUCUGCCAUUAUCAUGCUCAAAAGGUUUUGUGACUCUGACAAACCAUGCCUUCACUUAGUUUAUGAAAUGUGGGACACCAUGAUUGAAAAGGUGAAGGCAAGCAUCUUUAGGCAUGAAGGGAAGCUAGAUCAUGAGGAAUCAAUCUUUUAUUCCGUGGUGCACAAUGUACUAGUUAAGAGGUGGGCCAAAAGUAACACUCCACUUCAUUACCUUGCACAUUCUUCGAAUCCAAGAUAUUAUAGUUCAACGUGGCUCAAUGAAAAUCCCAAUCGUGUCCCUUCUCAUAGAGAUGAAGAAAUUUCAAGUAUGAGAAACAAGUGCUCCAAGAAAUACUUUCCAAAUUUAGAGGAAAGAAGGGUUGUAAAUGUGGAAUAUGCCAAGUUUUCAGGAGGUUUGGAUAUGUUUGGAGAUUUUGACUCAAAGAUUGAUAGAGGAGUAUUGGAUCCACUUAUUUGGUGGCUUACACAUGGGUUUCCUGCUCCUAUGCUUCAAUCUUUAGCAUUAAAAUUGCUUGGCCAGCCAUGUUCCUCAUCAUGCUGUGAAAGGAAUUAG